CAAGCAGGGGAACAGAUCCAACCCGAGUCAGUCUACGUAUCAAGCACCAACCAAGUGCAGUACUCGAUGUUGGGCGGCCACCAACUGGGCUCGAUGCUGUCCAGGGACAGAUGACCGCCACCAGACCAAAAGGGUCUCACCUUUCUUCCGUCAUCGCGGAAUGUUGCGCUGGUUCCGCUUGGCCAUUGGUAUCGGCCUCCGGCCUCCUCGCCGGCCCGUAGCCCGCAAUGGGUGGAGCCUCAGCUGGGCGGCGGAAAGCGCCGUGGCGGAACAAGAGGAGGAAGAGAUGUGCUCCUCCUUCUUGCAGGCAUGCGUGCAGGACGCCCUUGUGGACGAGGGGAGAGCCGUCCAUGCCAGGAUCGCGAAGACCCACUUCGCCUCCACCUUCCUUCUCAACCAUUUGCUGAACAUGUACGCCAAGUGCGGCUGUUUGGCCGAUGCCCACAAAGUGUUGGAUGAAAUGCCUGAUCGGAACGUCGUCUCGUGGUCGGCCAUGAUCGCCGGCUACGUGCAGUGCGGCGACCCUGAGUCGGCGCUGUCGCUCUUCGUCGGCAUGCAGAGGGACGGGAUCGCGCCUAACCACUUCACUCUUGUUAGUGCACUCAAUGCCUGCACCUUUUCCAAUCUGCCGUCCCUUGCAAAGCAAAUUUACGUUCGUGUCGUGCAGCUUGGGUUCGAAUCGAAUGUGUUUCUCAUUAAUGCAUUUAUCACUGCUCUUGUUCGGCAAGGAAAUUUAAGGGAAGCCGAGGAACUCUUCGACAAAGCAGAUGUGAGAGACGUCGUCUCGUGGAAUGCCAUGAUCACAGGCUACGUGCAGCUCGCGUGCUCUGAAGUUUGGAGGUUUUGGUGCCGAAUGAGUCGUGAAGGUGCCAAGCCUGAUCAGUUCACUUUUGCUAGCGUUCUUGCCGGUUUGGCUGCGACCGCCAUGAGGGAACACGGGCUGCAAGUCCAUGGGCAGCUUGUGAAGUCUGGUUACAGAAAUGAUACUUGUGUGGCAAAUGCCCUUGUUGACAUGUACUUGAAAUCUGGUGACUUGAAAGAAGGGUUGGAAGCAUUUGACGAGAUGGAUUAUCGCAAUGCUAUCAGUUGGACAGAGAUCAUAGGCGGCUGCUUGCACCAUGGACAGCCCAACAAGGCCCUUGAGCUCUUUGAAGAGAUGAGGCUGGUAGGUGUCAUGCCAAACAAGUUUACACUGGCAACUACAAUAAAUUCGUGUGCUAGUCUGGUUUCAUUGGAGGAAGGGAAGAAGCUGCAUGGAUUGAGAAUGAAGUUAGCGGAUGAAGUUGAUGACUGUGUGGAUAAUGCACUCAUAGACAUGUAUGCAAAAUGUGGAUGCUUGGAGGAUGCCUGCAGUGUUUUUCACGCAAUGAGGGAAUGCUCGGUUGUCUCAUGGACUACUAUAAUAAUGGGGUGUGCACAGAAUGGGCGUGUUGAUGAAGCAAUUCAAUUCUUUGACCUGAUGUGUGCUAAUGGCGUGAAGCCUAAUCAUAUAACAUAUGUAUGUGUCUUGUAUGCCUGCAGCCAAGGGGGGUAUGUGGAGAGAGGAAUGCAGUAUUUCUCUAAAAUGAGACAUGACCACCAAAUUCAGCCUGAGGAGGAUCACUAUACCUGCAUGGUCGACAUGCUUGGCAGAGCUGGUCGUGUUGCAGAAGCAGAGGCUUUGAUUCACAGUAUGACUAAUCUUCCGAGCACCUUGGUGUGGCAGACAUUGCUUGGUGCCUGCCGUAUGCAUGGAGAUCUGGAAGCCGGCAAAAGAGCAGCAGAACGUGCACUGGCAUUAGACAAAUGUGAUCCUUCAACCUAUGUUCUUUUAUCUAACAUCUAUGCGGACCUUUGCAGUUGGGGUGACGUCCAUAAGGUGAGAAAGAUGAUGAAGAACAGGGAAGUGAAGAAAAAUCCUGGGUGCAGUUGGAUUGAACUCAAGCAUUCGAACGUUCCAAGAGUGCUACAGAACGCACGCUGGUCCAUGCAGCCAGUGGGAUUAAGGUGUAUACACAUAAGAGGACGCCAAUGAGAUAUACCCUUCUUGUUCCGGAGUGUGGAUCAAGUUACAACCGUCCUUCCAAUAAGUGGAUCCCCACUGCUCGUCAGGUGGCCUGUGAUUUGAAUCUCUACUCUAAAAAGACAAUAGCUACAAGCCACUAUAAAUUUACCAUUGAGAUCUGCUUGAACAGCCUAUAUUUUACGCAGUGCGCCAAAAAAUACCAGUUUUUUGGAACGGGCAAAGCUUGUCUGUUUGUGCAGUUGUCAGCUAUCCCAAGACAAGCUAAGUUAGUCGAAAUUGUAUACCGAUUCAAGUGAUUACAGCAGUUCAACACUUCAAACUGUUCAUAAUGGCACCAAAGUGCGAAAGAUUUUCAUAAAAAUGUUCACAAAUUGUGUCUUUUGCUGAGGG